UUACUCUUUGGCACUAACAACACAAGAAAAAUAAAUCCGUUUUACAAAUUCCGUAAUUUAUAGGUGUGGCUCGUGUUUUCUAAGUACAAUUUUGACCGAAACAAGUAAGAUCAGGGAAGUAUAAAUUGUUAAAACGAAAUUCACACUGAAGAUAUUGGUGUUUCCUAUGUGUCGGCAUCGACAACCAAGGCGGGGUCUUUUGUAAAGGAGUCAACAACUAAAAUCAUGUACGGACGAAAAACCCCAUCGACUUAUCGUUCUACACCAUCGGUUUAUUCACACUAUACAGGAAGGUCAUCAACGAAUCUUCGAUCAUCAAAAUCUGUGAAGUCUUUACGUCUACCAUGGUACAUGAAACCUAUAUUACACGAUGCGUUUCUGCUUGAUCUACAGAGAGGCUCCUUGCUCACUGGUUUUCUUGCAGUUUUCAUAGCCCUCUUCACAUUUGCUCAGAGUAUAUUUGACUUGUAUUGUCUGGGCAUGGCAACACCAGGAGCAGUACAUUAUGGAUACUAUGUAUUUAGUUUCCAAUUUGUAUAUGUCGGAAGUGCACCUGUCCGCAAUGUCUUAAUUGUAUUUUCAUUGUUUUCCUGGAUUGGAUCUGUGGCUGUUCUCAUAACAAGUAUCUUGCUAAUCGUAGCAUUAAGAAAGGAAUACGAGAAGAAGAUCGUACCAUGGUUGUACACGUUUGGUGUGUUCAUACUGUUCCGAACAGUUGCAUUCAUAUUUGCUGCAAUAGUCAAUGAUAUGAUAUUCUCCUACAAUAUCUUGAUGUGCCUCUGCUGGAUAGUGUUCUGUGUUGCGGGAGUGUACGGCUGGCUCCUCGUCUACAGUCUUUAUUUAGAACUGGCUGAUUUGACUAAGUUGGAAGAUUUGGCUCAUUUGAGGAUGGGUACAAUGGCGUCACUGAACGCAUCACUUGCGGGCUCUAGACCGACGACUCCGCACAGCACGGUGUCCACCAUGCCCGCCUCGCAGAUAUGAUGC